AUGGCCGCAACCGAUAGAGUAGAGAAACGAUCGAUAGCAGAAGACGCAGACACGUCCAGAAGACUGGCCAAUUUAUCUCAAGAAGAAAAAAGAGAAUAUGCUAGACAAAAAAGGGCUAUUCUGUUCAAUGAAACAAGUGCUGACUUGCCUUCUUCAAUGCAAUCGCCGGUCCCUUUAAAGCUGAAAAAAAGAUAUGCUACGCCAUACAUGGCAACCUACACCGAUGAAAAUUGUGCUUAUAACCUGGGAGUGCUUGAAAAUGGAAAUCAGAUGGCAGAAUGUACAGGCUGGGGUCUUUUUGAAGGAUUCUUGAUAAGCACCGGGAGCUAUAGCAUUACAGCAUGGGUCUAUACAGAACCAGGAUGUGACGGUACGUCCUUAGAGUUAGAGGUAAAUGCCGAGACCACCACUGUUUGUUAUUAUUGUACCUGUGGAGACCUACAAAGCUCCGAAUGGUUUGACUGA